AUGUUAGUGGAUUAUAGUGAUGAUGAACAAGAGAUCAUGGAUAACAAACCAAAGUCAAUAUUGGUGAAUCCUGAAGUUGAUUGUUCACAUCUGGUGAAGAAGAAAGAGGAAGAGAAAGCUCUUGAAUUAUCAAAGACAUAUAAUUUCUUGGGAUAGAAAAAGAAUCAUUUAACAGGAAAUGUUGAAUCAGUAUAUUACAAUGAUGCAGUAUUCGAGGAAUAAUUUCAUAAAUUUAAUGUAUAUGGUUUUGCAGUGGAUCCAAAUGGUAUAAUUAUAAAUUUAAAUUAGAAAGAAAUAGAAGAGUGAUAGCAUGUAAUUAAAAAUAAGAGGAAUUAUCUACUUUAAUGAAAGAAGGUUAUGAUGUAGAUGCAGCAGAUCCAUUAUUUAGUAAAAAUGUACUUGCAGGUAUGCAUAAAGAAGAUAAAUUAAAAUAAUAAGAAUUAAAAUAAAAUAGAGUGAAAGCAAAUGAUCCAUCAAAAGGAGAAUUUAUGGGACCUUGGGCAGGAUAAUAAGAUGAAUAAUUUGAAAAUAUAUAAAUGAAUGAAGAAUAAUAAAAAUUAUUAGAUUAAUUAGAAGAAUAAAGAAAAUAAAAGAUAGAUGAAUCAAAAAAAUAAGAAGAAAAUUUUGUACCUUAUAUGGAAUAACAUGUAAGUUAAACAGAAUAAUUUGGUGGAAGAUAAUUUAUAGCACCUCCACCUGAAUUAAAAUAUGUUGAUCAUACAUGUUAUAUACCAAAAAGAUGUAUAUAAACAUUUCAUGGUCAUACUAAAGGUGUAUAAGUAUGUAAAUUCUUUCCUAAAUUUGGUCAUUUAAUGUUGAGUGGUAGUUUAGAUCAUAAAAUUAAAAUGUGGGAUAUUAUUGGUAAUAAAUAAUGUGUUAGAACAUAUUAUGGUCAUUAAGGAGCAUUAAGAGAUCUAAAUUUCUCUAAUGAUGGUAGAACAUUUUUAUCUGCUGGUUAUGAUAAAAAAAUACUUGUAUGGGAUACAGAAUAUGGUAAAGUUACUUAAACUAUCAAUUUAUAACAUUUCCCUUAUUGUGUAAGAUUAAAUCCAGAUCCAGCUAAACAACAUUCUUUUCUUUUAGGAUCAUCAGAUAAAAGAAUUAAAUAAUUUGAUAUUAGAAGUGGAUAAUAAACAUUAGUUUAUGAUGAACAUUUACAAGCUAUUAACACUAUUACAUAUUUUAAUUAAAAUAGAAAAUUUGUUUCUAGUUCUGAUGAUAAAAAAUUAUUCAUUUGGGAAUUUGGAAUCCCUGUUGUUAUAAAACACAUUAGUGAUCCUGAAAUGCAUGCAGUUACAGCUACUGCUGUUAAUCCAUCUGGACUUAAUUGGGUUGGAUAAUAAAGUAACAAUUUAGUAAUUUAUUAAUAAUAAUAAUUAAGAUUAUUGUUUAUGAUACUAAAGCUGGAAAUUUCAGAAUGAAUAGAAAGAAGAAUUUUAAAGGACAUGUAUCUGCAGGAUAUGCAUGUGGAGUUACAUUCUCAGCUGAUGGUUAAUUCUUAGCAUCUGGUGAUUCAGAAGGUAGAGUAUUCUUUUGGGAUUGGAAAACAGCCAAAAGUUAUAGAACUAUCUAAGUAAUCAUACAUUAUUUAAUAAUUAGGCACAUGAUAAUGUUUGUAUAGGUGUUGAAUGGCAUCCUAUUGAACCUAGUAAAGUAGUUACUUGUGGAUGGGAUGGAGUACUUAAAUUAUGGGAUUGAUU